AUGAUUUUCUUGUUAUUAAUACUCUUGCAUAUCUUUAAAAGUGUUUUCUGUCAAAGUCCUGCUUUCCACUUCCUUGAAAAUCAGAUAACUCCAGAUGUUCUAUCCGAGUCUCACGAGGAUAUGCAAGAAAUUGAAAUUACGUAUGAAAACGAUUUGAAGGUUAACAUGGGCAAUGAGUUAAAACCUGUUCAAGUUCAUAAUAAACCGAGCAAUAUAUCCUGGGAAGCAGAUCCAGGUGUACUCUAUACGUUGAUCAUGACAGAUCCUGAUGCACCGUCUCGCUCUAACCCUAAGUUUCGAGAGUUCAAGCAUUGGCUUGUUGUCAAUAUUAUAGGAAAUGAUUUGUCAACAGGAAGUUCGUUAACUGACUACUUGGGAUCGGCACCGCCAGAAGAAACAGGACUUCAUCGAUAUAUAUUUUUAAUAUUCAAGCAAAAUGUAAGAAUUGAAGUUGCAACAAGAAAUACUAGUUGCUCUGAAGGACGCGCUAAGUUCAACACUGAAAAAUAUGUGAAAACCAAUCAUUUGAUUGGACCAGUAGCUGGGAACUUCUUCCAGGUUAGUCAGUAA